GGCAGCAUUGAACGUCAAAACACGAGUAACCUAUAAAUACCAGUGCAAUUGCAGUAGCAAAAAUACAUUUAGUUUGUUCUGCAUUUCAUUCGUGUACACUACAUUCAAAACAAUGGCGUCUUCUUUGGAAAAUUUGGAGUCUCAGUUGGAGCUGUUCGCUGAGAAUGUUCGUCAAAUUCAUAUCAUCGUCAGCGAUUUUCAACCACAAAGUCAGAAUGUUUUAAACCAAAAACUGCAAGCAUUGGUUCACGGUUUGCAAGAGGUAGAUAAGCUGAAGUCUCAGGUUCAGGAUGUUCAUGUACCUUUGGAAGUUUUCGAUUAUAUUGAUCAAGGAAGGAAUCCUCAACUAUACACAAAAGACUGCAUUGAGAAAGCGUUGGCUAAAAACGAACAGGUCAAAGGAAAGAUUGAUUCGUUCCGCAAAUUCAAAGCCAACAUGUUGCUGGAACUGAGCAAGACCUUCCCGAAUGAGCUUAACAAGUACCGUGCACUUCGCGGAGAUGAAUAGUAUUUAUAUAAGUAACUUUUCCAACGUAUAUUUAAUUAACUUAAUUACAUUAUUAAUCUCAUUUGUCGUUUUUGAGGUCAUGGUAAACUACUCAUUAUUUUCUUCCCUUAGUUUUUAAUAAUUGUUACAUAUGUUUUAUAUUUAGAUAGUACAAAACAAUUACAUUUUGUGAAUAAAUAUUAUCAUCUCGAAAUACUCGAUCCUAUCAUUAUUAUAUAUAUAUGAGUCAACAUUCUCCUCUCAUCAUCUUUGUAUCAAACUGACAAGGCACCGGAGUUAAGCUACGAUCACUGAAAUGUAUUUUUAUAACUAGCUCAAGAAUUAAUGAAUUUGCAGCUGUGCAUUCAAUAUUUAAC